AUGUCUCAAACCCAGCAAUCUGCCUUCUCCUCAUCGAUCUACGAUAGUGAUUUCGACAAUUAUACUCACAAUCAUCCUUUUAUAUCUGAUCUAUCUGAGAGUCAGGAAACAUUACCUUCAUUCGAAACGGACUUCCUCCGACCGUCCCUACCUCCAUCAAUCCCUUCAACAUUCACACGUGUUGGCCCUGGUCGUAAGAAGGUCUAUUUUCUCUAUGACGAAAUGCUCCAUAACGACUGGGUAAGUUGGUGGCUAGAGACAGGCUUCGGUAAGAAACAACAUAUAUCCUGGGACGCGAAACAUCAGUCUAGUACCUGGGACACAUUUCACCAGGUCGCCCAUAGCUCUGAUGGUACUGCAAAGGUUAUGUGCAAGCGCUGUGGACAGAUUCUUGAGCACCCAAACUUUGUCCGUGAGACAAAAGAUGGGAAGAAACAGCGUCAAGGAACCUCAACUAUGAAAGGCCACCUUUCUAGCGCAGGGUGUAUAAAAGCUACCCAAGGUCAAGGGACAGAUAUCACUCGAUUUUUACAGCUCAAGAAUACGCCGAUCGCCAAUGAAUUCAGUCAAGAGAUAUGGGAACAAGAGCUUCUUACAUUUCUUACGGUCGCGCGUCUUCCCUUUCGGCUGAUCGAGCAUCCUAAGUUUCAUCGCUUAAUCCAGAUAGCCCAAUCUGCACCGAGGGUCCCGGAUAUCCCUUCAGCAAAGACUAUACGACGCCGGCUACAAUCCUCCGUACAACAACAACAGGAAAGAAUUCUAAGAAUGCUCCCAGAAGAUACAAAAAUAUCAAUUGCUCUUGAUUGCUGGACCUCGCCUUUCACACAGGCAUUUAUGGCUAUAACUGGCUAUUUUAUCGAUAAGGACUGGCAAUACCGUGAGGUUCUUCUCGGCUUUGAACCCCUUUACGGAUCACACUCUGGUGUGAACCUAAGUUCUGUACUCCUCGAUAUACUUUUGCGACAUAAGAUCGAAGAUCGGGUCUUCGCAAUCACGACUGACAAUGCAUCAAAUAACCAGACAUUGGUUGAUACACUACAACAAGCAAUAUCAGAAGACACUACCCUUAUUAGGGUCCCUUGUCUUGCCCAUGUGAUUCAGCUGAGCCUUAAUGAGCUUCUUGGGUAUAUUAAGGCUUGCCCGCUCAAUGAAUCAACGGAGACACGGUGGACAGAGCAGCGAUCCCAGUCAGCGCGUAUGAAUGCAACUAAGCAAAAUAUUGCCAAUACACUAUCGAAGAUUCGAAACCUUGCGAUCUAUGUGAAUGCAAGUCCCCAACGACGGGAAACCUUCUACAAUCUACAAGGCGAAACAACAAAGCUUAUGCCUCUUCAAGACGUUAAGACACGCUGGAAUUCUACGUUUCUAAUGCUUCGACGUGCAAAACGCUUACGAUCGUUUUUCCAGCCAUUUUGUGAUGAGUAUGAGCGGCCUGAUAUGGUACUCGAGGACGAAGAAUGGCGCCAGGUUGACUACCUUCUCUUCAUUACCCAGCCCUUCUUUGAUUUCACAGUUGAACUUUCAAAAACCCGGGAUGCCACUACACAUCAUGUAUUUCUGAUUUAUAACAAGCUGUUUGAGCACCUAGAGCUAUCAAUCACCCAGCUUACGCGGAAGAAGACUACCUGGAAGCGACAGAUGCUUCAGGCGUUACAAGCUGCGCGAAAGAAGCUUGAUGAGUACUACUCUGAGACAGAUAACGUACGAGGGCAUCUUUAUGCAAUCACUACAAUGCUAGCUCCAGCGAACAAAUUCCAGUUCUUCCAAACAGAUGAUUGGGAUGAUCGUUGGCGUACGAUAUACAGAAAGUCUCUUGAAGAGCAUUUGGCUGUUUAUAAAGAACGUCUUGCCCAGCAACCGACGUCUCCUCUAUCUCUUUCGUUAGGGGGAGGAAUAUCGCGCCUAGACUCGAUGGUAAAGCCAAAGCGUCCCCGCUCUGCUGUAGCAGGCGAUGAGCUUUCGCAAUAUCUUGAUAGUGCUACUAUAGAUAUAGCGCCUUUAGUGUUUUGGAGGGAGAAUGCCUAUCGUUUCCCAACUCUUGCAGCCCUUGCACGAGAUGUGCUUUCAGUCCCUGCGACUGGUGCUGGUGUUGAACGACUUUUUAAUACUGCCCGAGAUAUCUGUCACUAUCGCCGUGGAAGAUUAAGUGCAACAACUAUCCAGGAGUUAAUGAUGUUUCUUUGUACUUCAAAAUUCGAGAUCGAGGAGGAACAGGCAGUAUUCCUACAGGAAUUCUUUACUCGCGACGAGAUCGAAGCGGCAAAGGAGGAGAAGGAAAUCACAACUGAUACAGUGAACGUCGAUCCGAUUAGUGAUACUGAGGAAGAGCAAACCCAGGAAGAGGAAGAGGUGCAAGGUAGGGAGGAUAUACAGGUUAUGAUCGAUCAUGAUACUGACCCUCCCCUUCCUUCUAAUAAAGAUAAAAGCACUCAGAUACGUGCUUCUUUUGCAUUGUUUGCCAAACCAUUGGGGCCCCAAGAACCAUUGCGGUUUGGGCCUCGAAAACCAAAAACCGCAAUGGUUUCUGAAACUGGCCCCAAAAACCAAACCAUUUGCGGUUUGGGGCGGUUUGGUUUUGCGGUUUUGCGGUUUUUGGCGCACUCUACCUAUGGGAAUGCGGCGCUCCGAGAGCUCUGCCGUACCCUAGAGCAGCGCGAGGUCUGGUCAUGGCCGUCGUACGAGUUUCUUGUGAAGAUGAAGAAGGACCGAACUCCCGUUAUCUCGGCUGAUCAAAUCCGUAGUGCACGGCCGUCGUACGUUAAUGGACUCUUGAUCGCUUCUCGUGGAGCGUCUGCUCCUCUUCCACCCCUAAGCCGGGUCGAGGAGCUGACCGACUCGGACGAAGCUAAUGACGACAAUGGUGCUGGUGGUGCUGGUGCUGGUGCUAGUGGUACUGCUGCAGUAGUAUAG